AACUUUUUUGCGCCAAUGGCGGCGACGAAUGUGCGACGCCAAAAGCCUCAGUCCCGUCCUGUGGCACCCGAAAAGCAGACAAAGUCGAAGAAGGCACAAGGGAAGGCCAAGGAACGACAUACUUCUCAACAUCUGCCCUCCGAACCCUCCCCCGAGUCUUCAUGGCACUGGACCGCUUUAACAGACUCUGUGGUCAGCAAUGCGCCACCAAUAUUCACGAACGAUGGAAGCUAUUUCUUUUCGCUUGCAGGCGAUUCUGUUCGAAUAUAUACUGCAGUAACAGGCAAGGUCGCCUCAACACUGACAAUCCCAUCCAACUUAUCUACCGGUGUCUCGGUCAAUAUCACUUGCGCCGUACUUAACCCCCACAACGCAUUCCAGCUAAUCACUGGUUCCGACCACGGUAUUUUGGCGGUCUGGGAUUUCUUGGAGGCUAGAUUGGUCCAAAUAAUCGACAUCGGCCAGCCAAUUCAUUAUAUCUGUGCCCACCAAAAUUUUAAAGACACAGUAUUCGUGUCGGCAGGUGGACUGAGCAAGGGUGCAAAAGAAGGAGGACAUGCGGUCGUCCUCAGUGUCUCUUUGAAACCUGCCAAUGCUGCCUCCCAAUCGACCACCCAAAAAUCGUCUAAUAUCACCCAUGUUGGUCGAACGCGUCAACCCACAGGGCUCGCCUUCUCUCCCAGCGGCAACUGGCUGGUAGCAACCGCCGGGCACAAGGCUUAUGUGGCUUCUACGACAGCUUUGAGAGCGGGAUUCACGAAAUAUGUUUCUCCGGAACGGUUAACGUGUUUAGCCUUCCACCCUUCUGAUGAUUAUUUCGCGACCGGCGAUGAGAAGGGCAACAUCCGAUUGUGGUACUGUCUUUCCGACCAGAUAGCCGCCAAACCAUUCGGGGUAGAGAAAAAGACGCAGACGACGUCUCUGCAUUGGCACGCUCAUGCCGUAUCGUCUAUUGCGUUUACAACCAACGGCGCAUACCUUCUUAGUGGCGGAGAAGAGUCUGUCCUGGUCAUCUGGCAGCUUCACUCUGGAAAGCGUGAAUAUGUACCCCGACUGGGGUCGCCUAUUAAAACUAUCAGCGUGGUCAAGUCUGCGACUCGUGAGGAAGAAUAUCUGCUUGGUCUCACCGAUGCCACCUUUGCCUUCAUAGGCGCAGCGUCUUUGAAACUGAGCCGAAGCUACUCACGCAUCAAACUCGACCCAUCACAUCCUGCGACUUCAUCGAGGCUCAUCCCAUUGUCUGUUCACACACCCACAUCCACCUUGAUAUUGCCUUCGUCUCACCCCUCCUCUCUCCAAAUCUACUCUCCAACAUCUGCGACACUUGUUUCAGAGUUGGAAGUCUCCCCAUCUAACCGCGUCUCUCGAAGAGACGAAAAACUAAUCGAGCCAUGCCGUGUCGAACAAGUAACUGUUUCUCCUGACGGUACUUGGAUGGCGUCAGUCGAUCGACGAGAGGGAGAUGAGGACACCCAUGCCGAAUCUUACCUCAAAAUUUGGUCAUGGGAUCGCAAAACUGGGUUCUGGAUAUUAAACACCCGUAUAGAUCGACCUCACGGACUUGAGAGAGUCAACAGCCUGACAUUCAGCCCUGUGGGAGACCAUCAGCCUCAGCUGCUGGCCACAGCAGGGGCAGAUGGUGUUGUCAAAACUUGGAGAACCCACACUGCAAGACGAACCGUGGAUGGCCAAGAAGAAUUCUGGGUGGCUCGUUCUGCAUACACCAUACACGACCAAAUUCCUUCCAAUGUAUCGUGGUCACCUGACGGCUCGUUGCUUGCUGCUACAACCAGGCACCAAAUCACACUAUUCUCCUCGGCUACGAAUCAGCUACUCCGUGUAUUGGCGUAUCCGGAAUGCAGUCAAUUCAACUCCGUGCAUUUUCUAGGGAAAGGCGGACGAUAUGCUGUGCUCAUUGGAGGUCGAGAAGUCCUGAUGUGGGAUCUCGUUAUGCUGCGAGUAAAAUGGCAUGAAAAAUACGACAAAAACAUUUUUACUGUCGUUCCGCAUCCCAGGGAAAAUAAUUUCGCGAUUGUGCUUCACCCUAUAGACUUGGGGAAAGCGUCUUCCGAAGUUGCGAUCGUUCAGGUCGAAACGCCACAACCAGUGCGGACUGUGGUCUUGCCAUUCCGUCUGACGAACGUAACAUGGUACCCACUUCUGUCUGCGUUCAGCCUCGUUGGUAUCACCCAUGACUGGCGCGUUGUUGUUGUGGGAGACAUGGCGCAGCUACCUCAGAGUAACAGCCAUGCACCGAUGGAAUUAAAGACCACCGCGAUUCCUCAACGCCGAACUCUGUUUGAAGACAUUUUUGGCAAAUCUGCGUUCUCUGAUAAUGUCACCGCCGCAUCUUCGUCCUCUCCGGCUCCCUCGUGGACAGCUGGUGCUACUCCUUUCGACCUUUUCAGCAGCGCUCCGACUUAUAUGAUGCCUUCGUUGGAGACCCUCUUCGAGCCCAUAAUGGCGAGCCAGCUCCAAGCCCGUGACUUGACACAUCUGGACUCCGCAGCGUCUGAGGCAGAUGAAGAGUCCGAGGAGAUGGACGUGGAUAACACCGCUAUACUAUCCUCCGUGCCGGAGCAUCGUCGCGUAGACCAGAAUGAACUCGACUUGCUGGUGAAUCUAUUUCAAUCAUAUUCGCUCAAAGGACAAACCUCUGCGCCUUCCGUGGGCACCGGAAAACAAAAUGGAAUUGUCAAUGGCAGUGGACUGACCAAUGGCAUUCACGUCGUUGUACCUCCUUCCAAGGUCAACGGGACCCCCUUCAAGUCGGCAGUCCCUGAACAAGUCUCAGAAACGCUUACACCACCCAUGACAGUGGGCAGAAAACGGAAAAAAUCCAUGGUAUAG